AUGGAUUCCGGUGUGGUGGUCAGUAGCUCAUCACCUCCGUCCCAUGAGGGAAUCAGAAAGGCACGGGCGGCGAUAAGGCUGUUGUUAGUGUUGGUGGUGUUUGGAGGGUGUGUUCUGCUCUAUGUCAUGAUGCCCACAAACACAUAUAAGCAAAUUUGGCAGCCUCGAAUCCGAGCCAAGACCAACUCAAGUACCUAUUUUGGAUCACAAGGUGCAAGUCUUCUGGUAUUCACAUUUCCCAUUAUGUUCAUUGCUUUAAUGGGUUGUGUAUAUCUCCAUUUGGGAAAGAAGAUGAAUGAUUAUACAAUUUCUUGUGAUGGCAAAACGAAACGUUUAUCUGUGUGGAAACAGCCGAUGCUGGUCAAAGGUCCUCUUGGGAUUGUUUCUGGGAUAGAGCUUACCUUCUUCAUCAUGUUCAUUGCACUCCUAAUCUGGUCUUUCUCGACGUACUUGACUAACGGUUUUCAGAAAAUAACACCACAAUCCGCGGCAAAGAGCCAUGAAAAAGUAUGGGAAGUUAAAUUGGAGAGUGCAUCACUGAGGCUAGGGCUUGUGGGUAAUAUAUGCCUUGCACUUCUCUUCUUUCCGGUUGCUCGUGGCUCGUCAAUUUUACCUCUAUUUGGCCUCACCUCCGAAGCCAGCAUCAAGUACCAUAUAUGGCUAGGACAUAUAGCCAUGGUGCUCUUCACAGCUCAUGGAAUUGGUUACAUCAUCUAUUGGGCUGUUACAGAUCAGAUUUCUGAGAUGAUAAAAUGGGCAAAAAAUGACGUAUCAAACAUAGCUGGAGAGAUAGCUUUGCUCUCUGGACUAGCAAUGUGGGUGACUACAAUCCCUCGCAUCAGGCGCAAAAUGUUUGAGCUUUUCUUCUACACACACUACCUUUACAUCCUCUUCAUGGUCUUCUACAUCUUUCAUGUUGGCGUAUCCUAUGCUGGCCUUAUGCUCCCUGGCUUCUUCCUCUUCGUGGUUGAUCGUUACCUACGAUUCUUGCAAUCCGGGAAAAGAGCACCUUUAGUUUCUGCCCGAUUCUUGCCGGAUGAAUCUUUCGAACUCAACUUCGCCAAGAGUCCUGCAUUGAAAUACAAUCCAACAAGCGUCCUGUUCAUAAAUGUGCCCAGUAUUUCCAAGCUGCAAUGGCAUCCUUUCACUGUUACUUCAAACAGUAAUUUGGAGACAGAUAAGAUCAGUGUGGUCAUCAAAGGUGAAGGAAGUUGGACCAGGAAGCUAUACCAAGUCCUUUCAUCGCCUUCUACAAGUGAUCGGAUUGAGGCUGCUGUUGAAGGACCUUAUGGACCUGCUGCAACUCAUUUUCUAAGGCAUGACAGCUUAGUGUUGGUGAGUGGAGGCAGUGGCAUUACCCCUUUCAUAUCCAUAAUCCGGGAGCUAAUUUUUAUGUCCACAGCCUACCAAUGCAAGCUUCCCAAAGUAACCUUAAUCUGUGCAUUCAAACACUCUUCGGACCUCACAAUGCUAGACCUGAUUCUACCAAUGUCUAGCACCACACCAUAUGACAUGUCCAAUCUCCAGAUACAAAUUGAGGCAUAUGUGACAAGAGACACACAGCCGAAAGAAGACUCAAUGAACCUAAGAGCCAUAUGGUUCAAACCCCUUGAAAAUGAUGAACCCGUUUCAGCCAUUUUGGGUGCAAAUCAAUGGCUCUGGCUUGGCCUCAUCAUAGCAUCAUCCUUCAUGAUGUUCCUCAUCUUAAUUGGAAUCAUCACCCGAUACUACAUUUAUCCGAUCGAUCAUAAUUCCAAUAAGAUUUUUUCAUUUCCCUUAAGGGCUCUGUUAAAUAUGUUGGCUAUAUGUAUUUCCAUAGCUGCAACAGCUAGUGCAGUGGUGUUGUGGAACAAGAGGAGUAAUGCGAAGGAGUUGAAGCAGGUUCAGCACAUGGAAGCGUCAUCACCAAGCAGGGGUUCCGAGGUUUAUAAUACAGAAAGAGAGUUGGAAAGCCUUCCUCAACAGUCUCUUCUCCAAGCAACAAAUGUGCACUAUGGUCAAAGACCAGACCUCAAGAGGAUUCUACUAGAGUGCAAAGGAUCAAAUAUUGGGGUUCUAGCUAGUGGGCCGAAGAAAAUGAGGCAUGAGGUUGCAACCUUUUGUUCAUCUGAUUUGGCAGAAAAUAUGCAUUUUGAGUCCAUCAGCUUUAGCUGGUGA